CAAGUAGUCUUUUAUAAACACGAUAUGUGCUAACAAUAUCACAGAGAAUACGGAAGCAACCAAACAAAAAUAUUUAUAGCAAAAUAUUCUUACUUCGAAAUUGCCAUGUUUCCUUUGAAAGUCGUUUCGUUGCUAUUGUUCUUUAGUAUAAUGUCUUUGGCCAAAGAGACUUGGCUAAGACCAGGCUGUCAUAAAGUGGGUAACACUCGAAAAAUUUCCAUACCCGAUUGUGUGGAAUUUCAUAUAACCACCAAUGCUUGUCGUGGUUUCUGCGAAUCCUAUGCAGUGCCAUCUAUGCCCUGGGGCAGUGUUGGUGGUAUCUUUAAGCCACCAAAGCCCGUGGUAUCGGUGGGCCAGUGCUGUAAUAUGAUGGAAUCGGAAGAGAUUCAAAAACGUGUAUUAUGCAUGGGUGGCAUGCGCAAUUUCACAUUUCAAUCUGCUUUAUCCUGUAGUUGUUAUCAUUGCAAAAAGGAUUAAAUUCGUUAUUAAACACUAGUAUAUUUGAAAACAAAUGUAUAUAUGUAUGUAAAAAUAAUAUAAUAUAGAAUAUAAUGUGAUGAGCCCUUAAGAACAAAAAUAAAAAUAAAAUUUUCGCUGUAAAAUAUUAACAA